UCUUCCACCGCGCCAGGCAACCACGCAACCGUGGCCGCGACGCUCCACUUUCCCACCCGCCACACCAUCCUAGUGAUGAAGUGACCAACCCCACCACGUACGGCGCCACCGCCUUCGAUCUCUCUCUCUCUCUAGCGGCGGCGGCGGCGGCGGAGGAGGGAGCAGCAGCGAUGGCCGUGCCCUCCGACGCCCGCAAGCGGCGCCCGUUCCUCCUCUCCCUGUCGCUCUUCCUCCUCGUCUCCGCGCUACUCGCCCUCGCCUUCCUCUUCCUCGACCCCUCCGCGCAAACCCUAUCCGUGCUGUCCUCCCGCCUCACUGCCCAUUCCUCGCUCGCACCUCCCGCUGCUCCGGGAGGAGGGCGAAACCCAACCCCGAUUCCCACCCCCGGAGACACUCCCCGCCCGCAGGCUCCCGCGGUCGCCGGCGCGAAAGAGGGGGUGAGCGCCGACGCGACCGAGAAGGCCGAGGAGGGCGCAUCGCGACCAGACGACGCCGUCGACGCUGCUGGAGACGGUGGAAACAGCGGGUCGCCACGGCUAGAGGCGGAUGAGGCGGCGACGGCGGAGGAGAAGGCGGAUAAGGGCGCCGCCGCUGGCUCGGAGGAAGUGGUGGAUGACGGCGGCGGGGACGAUGCGGCGACGGUGAGGUGGGAGACUUGCAGGGCGGGAAGAGGGGUAUCGCCGGCGGACUACAUCCCGUGCCUCGACAACGUCAAGGCGAUCAAGGCGUUGCGUUCGAGGCGUCACAUGGAGCACCGGGAGCGCCACUGCCCCGUGGCGCCGCGGCCCAAGUGCCUGGUGCGGCUGCCCUCGGGGUACCGGCCGCCCGUGCCGUGGCCGCGCAGCCGUGACAUGAUAUGGUACAACAAUGUUCCUCACCCUAAACUGGUGGAGUACAAGAAGGACCAAAACUGGGUAACAAAUUCCGGUGACUAUCUUGUCUUCCCUGGAGGUGGAACUCAAUUCAAAGCUGGCGUUACAAGAUACAUUCAGUUUAUUGAACAGAUAAUGCCCACCAUUAAGUGGGGAACACACACAAGAACUGUCCUGGAUGUUGGAUGUGGUGUUGCUAGCUUUGGUGGAUAUCUUCUGGACAGGAAUGUCAUUACCAUGUCAUUUGCCCCAAAGGAUGAGCAUGAAGCUCAGAUACAGUUUGCAUUAGAGCGUGGUAUUCCAGCAUUUCUAGCUGUGAUUGCAACACAAAAACUUCCUUUCCCUGAUGAGGCGUUUGAUGUUGUCCACUGUGCAAGGUGCAGGGUCCAUUGGUAUGCAAAUGGUGGAAAACCAUUGUUGGAGCUUAACAGAGUGCUCAGGCCAGGAGGAUUUUACAUUUGGUCUGCAACCCCUGUCUACCGUCAAGAAAAAAGAGAUCAAGAUGACUGGAAUGCAAUGGUUAAACUUACCAAAUCAAUGUGCUGGCGAACAGUGGUAAAAUCUGAAGAUAGUAAUGGAAUUGGUGUCGUCGUAUACCAAAAACCGACUUCAAGCUCAUGCUACCUUGAGAGAAAGACAAAUGAACCCCCCAUGUGCUCUAAGGAUGGAUCACGCUUUCCUUGGUAUGCUCCUCUUGAUACUUGCCUUUUGUCGACUGCUGUUUCCAGUUCAAAUGAAAAAAGCAGCUGGCCCCUUCUGUGGCCUGAAAGACUGAAUGCCAGAUAUCUAAAUGUGCCUGAUGAUUCUUCAAGUACCAGUGAGAAGUUUGAUGCUGAUGCAAAGUAUUGGAAACAUGCCAUUUCAGAAAUAUACUUUAAUGAUUUUCCAGUUAAUUGGUCAUCCGUCCGCAAUGUAAUGGACAUGAAUGCUGGUUAUGGAGGAUUUGCAGCAGCACUUAUUGAUAAGCCUUUAUGGGUAAUGAAUGUUGUUCCUGUUGGUCAGCCCGAUACCUUGUCAAUUAUUUUCGACAGAGGACUUAUUGGGGUAUAUCAUGAUUGGUGUGAAUCUUUCAACACAUACCCACGGACUUAUGAUCUCCUUCACAUGAGCUAUCUUCUUGAAAGUCUUACAAACAGGUGCGACAUCACCGAAGUAACAGCUGAAAUAGACAGGAUAUUGAGGCCUGACAGAUGGUUUGUGUUGAGAGACACCAGAGAAAUGAUACAGAAGAUGCGGCCGUUUCUUAAGUCCCUGCACUAUGAAACAUUAGUUGUCAAACAACAAUUUCUUGUUGCUAAGAAGGGUUUCUGGCGUCCCGGCAAGUGAGUUUCCUGAUCAGAAUGACACUCCAUAUUCCCAGUGUAGUCAUCAAAGGCAAAUGAUUCAAUUGAUUCUUUACAUCCUGAUUGAUCAAUUCUUUAUACAGAAGACAUAGUUUGGCCAAACCCAGACGAGUUGUUCUGAUCUGUUACUUAUCAGUAGCAGUUAGUUCUACAAAAUACACAUACACCUUAGUUCUCACAGGUUGUAAAUCAUCAUAUCAUUCUUUUGCAUCCAGAAACAAAUACUUUUGAGGGAAAAAAAUGUACUAUUCAGCAAUAAACAUUUGCAAGCCUUGUCCGUGAAUGCGCUGCAAGCCUCGCUAGUAUUGCUUUGGGCCA